UGAGCGUAACUACAGCCUGCAUAAAUAAAACUUGGUGAGCAGGUCAGGUUUUGGGUUACAACUGUGGGGGCUGGUUUGGGGUUUCAAGGGGGCAGGCUCGUGACGACAGACAGACACAAAAAGGUGGAAGUGAAAGUGUGAGUGUCAGUCGCUCUGCAACACAGCAGUCAGUGAAGAUGGAGAGGUUUAAGACGGUUCUGGACAUCGCUACCAAGCAGAACAGCCUCGGGUUCGGGGCGGUCGCCCUGGUGACAGCGGGCGGGGAGCAGAUCUUCUCCGUGGCGAUGUUCUCUUGUCCCUGCAAUGACCUGAACUUCCUCUACGGCAUGGUGUUCCUGCUGGUGCCCGCCCUGGCUCUCCUGCUGCUGGGUUACAUCCUGAGUAAGAAGACGUGGAAGACGCUGACGGGUUUGUGCAAGCGCCGGGCCGCGCUGUGCCGCUGGAGGAGGAUGACUGUCGUCUGCACGGCCCUCUUCCAGGUGAGCAGCACCGCGCUGGUGGCGCCUGCCAGCUGGAUCGCUGUAGCUCUGCUCAACGGGAAAUACUAUGAGUGUGCGAUGACCGGGACCAAUGUGAGCGCUUACAACAAGUACCUGUGUGGAGAGAAGGACUCUCGGCUCCAGUGUCAGCUGGAGCUGUACAGGCUGCCCUGUGGGACAGGCAGCAGUGUCCCGCAGAUGGACAGACAGAAUGUUCUGCUCACCCUGAAAGCUCAGUCUCAGAUUCUGGGUUGGCUGCUCGUCGCCUCUAUCAUGUUGUCCAGUCUGCUGCUGACCUGUGUGGCUCGGUGCACCUCCCCCAUCAGUUACCUGCAGAUCCGCUUUUGGAGAGAGUAUGUUCAUGAAGAGAGCAGCCUGAUGGAUACAUACACCACCAAACACGCCAAACAGCUCGCUGAGAGGAACGUGAAGAGCUUCUUCAACAAGACACCGCCUGUAGAAAUCAUCACCCCUUCCAACAAGGACUGGGAGAAGAUCUCCUCCCUCUACACGUUCAGCACCAAAGACAACUACUACAGCACCUUGCACCGGGCGGUGGGGGACUGGCAGGAGGCCGACAACGGGAUGAUGAGGUUGGCUUCGGUCAAGUUAAAUGAGCCUGCUGACAACACCCCUGCUGUUCUUAGUUUUGUAGAUGAUGGCUCGGUGUGACGAGAUUUUAAACAAAACAAAGCUAAGCUGUCUGUCUCCACACUCCUGUUCAUGUUCCACACUAUAACAUCCAUGGAUCCACACCGCUGUCUUCUGGCAAGUCACCUCGCAAGAUUUCAGAACAAGACUUUUCCGUCUUACGAUAAUGUUGUCAGACACUUAGAACAAUAAUCUGAGUCUGUCAGCGGCAAAAACAGAACUUUUAGUGGACGCUGACUAACGCUGAACAUUUGUCCUGUAGGGUUACGUUGCAGCUCGGUUCACGGCUGCUGGACCAAUUUCAAAGAUAGUUGUUCAAAUUAGUCAAAUACACACAAGUGUGUGGGAAAAUAGGGUUGAAAAUAAGAUGAAAAAUACUGAAAUUCUCAUUUAAAUAGAGAUAUAAAGGAUGACACGACUGAAAGCAGAACAGUGUGAAAUCAGGAUUCACGUCAAGCCUUUAUACCCCCAAAUGAGUGGGCUGAAACGGGAAAUGGACAACUUCCUGUGCACUGCUGGUAGACUGCAUACAAACAGCAUACAUGUACAAAUUCAGCAUGUGAGCUUCAAUGAUGAAAUGAAAGUAUUCAUUUGUGACAGCCUGUACAGUCAUUGUAAAACUCAAAGUGAUGGCUUUAAUGAUGGUGUGGCUGUAGCAGCAGCAUAUAAUAAUAAUAAUAAUAAUAAUGUACUUCAUAUGUUCACUGCUUCCUGUAUAAUGCACUGUGAGUGAUUAAGUCUGAGUACUUCACUCUUGUGGUAAUGUAACAGAGAAACCACCAAGAGGAUGUGCUCACUUCCUCACUCUGCUGCUGAUGCUGACUGCCUCUCUCUGUCUCUGCAACAAUGGCACUGUAUGUUCUCUACCGAAACAUUUCAACAGAAGGAAUGAAUGCUGUCCUUCUGCACCAUUUUCUGCACGUUUGUUUUACCCUGUGCACAUUUUUUUAAUUCCAGAACAAAAAUGGCUAAUUUCAUCCUUGUUGAAUGAUGAUGAGACGUGUUUGUUGUGUUUGGUGAGUGUGUGUGCAUGAAGACAAACAAAUCCAGUUGUCAAACUUCUCAUUGCAUAUAAAUGAAUGACUGCUUCAUAUAAAAGUGAUUAGAAACAGAA